AUGGAUGCCGCGGUCGAGCCGGCGACGCCUUUCAGCGCCGUCACCGCCCAGACCAGCAAGCUUCAAAGGCAAUACCAAGCCCUCCUCGACCAGUCGACUCCGUAUGUCCUCUACCGCUGGAUCGGCACCGGCGUCGCCCUGUUCAUCUUCUUCCUGCGCAUAUUCUUGGCGCAGGGCUGGUACAUUGUCGCAUACGCCCUCGGCAUCUACCUGCUCAACCUGUUCCUCGCCUUCCUCCAGCCCAAGUUCGACCCGUCCAACGAUGCGCUCGACAACGACAUGGAGGACGGGGCCAUCGGCACCCUCCCUACCAAGAAGGACGAGGAGUUCCGGCCCUUUAUUCGCCGCCUGCCCGAGUUCAAGUUCUGGCACUCGGCCACCCGCGCUAUCGCUGUCUCGUUCCUGUGCAGCUGGUUCGAAAUUUUUAACGUGCCCGUCUUCUGGCCCGUCCUGGUCAUGUACUGGUUCAUGCUGUUCAUCCUGACGAUGAGGAAGCAAAUCCAGCACAUGAUUAAGUACCGCUACGUGCCCUUCACCAUCGGCAAGGCACGCUACACCAAGAACAGCGCCUAG